AUGACUUUGGCUGCCUCCUCUCCGCGCGUCCCUCUGGGACCACUCAAGACUCCCCCACCUCGCCGGGUGGCAACCAGCCCCGCAUCCCGGCACUCACGCACCCCUUCCGAACCCAGUCCCUUGCGCAACAUCAGCUUCAGCGCAGCUGACACGUCUCCCGAGGACGCACCCCUGCCCCAGGCCAAGGUUGGCCUGCAAGGGCGAUCUAACUUCGGACGCCCCAGCAAGAACACCGUCGACCCGUCCGAGAUCGCCACCCUGCUGGGACUCAAGCCGACCACAGUUCGCAGUGUCUCCGCAAGCAGCCACGAUUCGGAUAGGACAGUGCGCCCCCACAGCAGCCGCAACAGUCCUCAUGGCAGCCCUCACAAGGGCAGCCCCCGAGGAAGGACAAGUCACACUCCCAACGUCAGUCCUCGCGCAGACCAACCAAGCUUCGCCGACAAGGAGAACGCCGAAAACAUCCCUCCUCCAGGCUAUGCGCACAAGAGAAAGCUCAGCGAAUCUGUGCUGUCGCCUCUUCAGCGCAAGCAAGCGACGCGCCGUAACGUGUCCAGCCCUGAUCUGCACUCCUCCACCUCCGUGCCGGUCCUUCCCCAGCAGCCCAGCAUUUCUACACCUGGAGCCACGUUCGGGGCGUAUCCCACCUACCCCCUUCCUCCCAUGCCGGCUUGGCUUCAGGACCCGUCGAUGCUCGAUGUCCUCGCUCAACUGGCCGACGAGGCUCAGGAUCCGCCAUCGCCUUCAACCUCUCUGGCAAGUUCGACCUGGGCGGCGAUCCUCAACCCAUGCAAGUCACCCAAGGCCCCUGGCCCAAUGACUGUGGCGCCCAAGGACGUGUUCAGCUCGCCUAUUUCAACGUGCUCAUCUCUGUUCGAAGAGAAGAUCAGCAAGUACUACAGCCCGAGGAAGGCUGGAGUUCCCAUGGACAUCAGCCCGCGCAGCUCCAGAUCCCCCCGUUCGCUCAAGCUGUCGAUAGGCCCCAGCACCCCUACCAUUCCUGAGAUUGACGAGGAAGAGGAGUCCAACUCAGUGGCUCCCACGCCUAGCAUCCUGCAGCAAACCUCUAACAUGUCACCAACAAAGCAUGCGCGCCGGGAGGCUACCGCUCUUGCCUCUCCCGCCCCGGGAAAGUCGUGGGCUUCUGGCUUCUCCUCGCCGACACAUGCCACUGCUCACUGGAUCAUUGCCACUUCGCAAAUGAACCAGCAGGCUGAGCCCGCUCUCAGUGCUUCGAUGGCAGCCCUGACACUGUCCGACGUCUCCGUGGACCCUGACUUCGUCGAGGGAGAUGUUACACUUGUGUGCCUCGGCGACAAUGGUUACAUUGGUUUCAAGGCGGACUCCAAGAUGAUACAAAUCUACUUGUAA